AGCGGUGCCGCUGCCCAAAUCCUCACAGGCAGGCAGCUCAUCAAGGCACUCGCCCCUCCUGGUAGAGGCCCGACCCGCCCGUCCCGGUGUCUGGUGUCUGUGUGUCCGUCUGCGGGACGGUCUGCGCCGGUGGCACCUCUCCCCACCCCCCGCCCCCCGCCCCGAGAGCCCCCCCCCCAGCCCCCCACACACCGGGAGCCCCACCCUGCAGGAGCGCAGCUCGCCUGCACAGCCCCGGAGCUCAGCAUGCGUCCUGCAGCCAUCAGGAACUUCUUGCUGCUGGCCUCCUCCCUUCUCUUCGCGGGGCUGUCAGCUGUUCCUCAGAGCUUCUCGCCAUCUCUGAGAAUUGGGCCGGCUGCCGCGUGCAGGCUGUCCCGGGCCGAAUCGGAGCGCCGGUGCCGCGCGCCCGGGCAGCCCCCAGGGGGCGCUCUGUGCCAUGGCCGCGGCCGGUGCGACUGUGGGGUCUGCAUCUGUCACGUGAGCGAGCCCGGCGUGUUCUUCGGGCCCCUGUGCGAGUGCCACGAGUGGGUGUGCGAGACGUACGACGGGAGCACUUGCGCAGGCCAUGGUAAGUGUGACUGUGGCAAGUGCAAAUGUGACGAAGGAUGGUUUGGGGAUGCCUGCCAAUACCCAGCUCACUGUGACCUGACAAAGAAAAAGAGUAACCAAAUGUGCAAGAAUUCUCAAGAUGUCAUCUGCUCUAAUGCAGGUACAUGUCACUGUGGCAGGUGUAAGUGUGAUAAUCCAGAUGGAAAUGGCCUUGUUUAUGGUAAAUUUUGUGAGUGUGAUGAUAGAGAAUGCAUAGAUGAUGAAACGGAAGAAAUAUGUGGAGGCCAUGGAAAGUGUUACUGUGGAAACUGUUACUGCGAGGCUGGUUGGCAUGGCGAUAAAUGUGAAUUCCAGUGUGAUAUCACCCCCUGGGAGAGCAAGCGAAGAUGCACAUCUCCAGAUGGCCAAAUCUGCAGUAACAGAGGGACUUGUGUGUGUGGUGAAUGUUCUUGCCACGAUGUUGACCCAACUGGAGACUGGGGAGAUAUUCACGGGGACACCUGUGAGUGUGAUGAAAGGGACUGUAGGGCCGUCUAUGACAGAUACUCUGAUGACUUCUGUUCAGGUCACGGACAGUGUAAUUGUGGAAGAUGUGACUGCAAAGUAGGCUGGUACGGGAAAAAGUGUGAGCACCCACGUUCCUGCCCACUGUCAGCAGAGGAGAGCAUCAGAAGGUGCCAAGGAAGCUCGGAUCUACCUUGCUCUGGAAGGGGUAAAUGCGAAUGUGGCAAGUGCACCUGCUACCCUCCGGGAGACCCCAGGGUGUACGGCAAGACGUGUGAAUGCGACGGCCGCCGCUGUGAAGGCCUGGACGGCACGGUCUGUGGGGGCCACGGCACGUGUUCCUGUGGUCGCUGCGUGUGUGACAGAGGCUGGUUCGGGACGCUCUGCCAGCACCCGCGGAAGUGUAACAUGACGGACGAACAAAGCAAGAGUUUGUGUGAAUCAGCAGAUGGCAUAUUGUGCUCGGGGAAGGGUUCUUGCCACUGUGGGAAGUGCAUCUGCUCUGCUGAAGAGUGGUACAUUUCUGGAGAGCUCUGUGACUGUGACGACAGGGACUGUGACAAGCACGACGGCCUCAUUUGCACAGGGAAUGGAAUAUGUAGCUGUGGAAAUUGUGAAUGCUGGCGCGGAUGGAAUGGAAAUGCGUGUGAGAUCUGGCUCGGCACAGACUAUCCUUAACGACCCCGUGGGACAGGACUGCAUUCUUAUGUUUGUAGACCAUUAGGACACAUAAACGCAAAGGAAACCAUGUAUAAUCACCACUAGGACAGGUCAAAUAGACUAUUGCAUGUUUUUCUAUUUCUGAAUGCCUGAGUGAAGGCUGGGCACCCAUUAAAAAACAAGUUAGGCAAAAAUCUGAUGUAAAUAAGGCCAGAAAGAAUUUUUCCUCCAGAAUUUAUACCUGUGGUUCUCAACAAGGGUGACUUUGCCACCCCAGAAAACAUUUGGUGACAUCUGCAGAUAAUUUCGAUUGUCACACUGGGUGGGCAGGCAGGGCAUGCUACCAGCCUCUAGUGCGUGGAGGACACAGAUGCUUCUACGAACAUCCCACGGGGCACAGGACAGCCCCAUGACAAAAAGUUCUCUGACUCCAAAUGUCAAUAGUGCCGGAGUUGAGAAACACUGAAUUACAUGGUUGUUAGGCCACAAAAAAAGUGGUCACAAAAAAACCCCACAUUUGAAUCUAAGGAAAAGAUAUAUCCUCACAUAAAUCCAUCCAUCAUAUUUUUUCAGAUUCCUUACCACUCAGCAUUUCCAUUUGGAGUCAGUAAAGACAAACGGGCACAAGGGCUAGUGUCAGGGGUGCUAAAGGCUGGAUCACCAGUGCUUUUUAAAGAAAAAGACUGAUCAGGUUGAGCCAGUAAGUCAUGCAUCUGGUCUCACUUUAAAUUCACAAAAGAAGAUUCCCUUAUGAAAGAAGUAUGAAAAGUGUACAAUUUAACAUUUUUAAUAAAUAGUGACGUUAAGUUGCUUACAAUCUGUGUCAAUAUAUAUUUACCUACUGAUGAUUAACAACAACAAAAAAAAUGAAUUGGUAUUCAGGGGCACCUUCUGUUACUAGAUCAUUUUGUAAACUGGGCAGGGAGGGGUUAGGUGUAAAAGGAAUUUGAUUUCUCACUAUUUUAAAUUGCGCCAUGGUAACUUGCCUUUUAGAAAGAAUAUUUAAUUGGACAUAGGAUGGGCCUGAAAUAUGCAUUCAUUUCCCUUAAAAUAUUCUUAUUUCUAAGCAUACAUUAUUUACUGAAAAAGCAUCAUGCAAAGAAGUCAAGAAGAGAUACUGUGAUCAAAUGGCACCAGUCUCAAAGCUCAGAGGAUAAAAAAAAAAUCUAGAAAUGUCUUAAGUAGAAAUUACAAAUAUU